AUGUGGGCCAGUCGCUGUUUACGGCUUCCGAAAAAGCCGUUCGCCGAGCUCGACUAUGCCCGGAACAUGCCCAAGGAGUACGUGAAGCGCGUCCAACGAGCCGUGCCGAAGAAAGUGUGGGGCGAUAGGUUCGGCGCGCCGGACAUUGUUCGUUGGAAUGUUCACCCGGACGACGUGAAACCAUCAAAUCAGCGGCCCUGGGAGGAGGACCAACUGCGAGACGCCAUCAAGAAGCAGAACGAGUACCACAAGCAGAAAGUCCUGCGAAAGUUCUACGCGAUCAAGCCGGCGAAGGUGAAGCGGAUGCCGGAUCAAGAAUGGACGUUCUUUCCGGGAGAUAUUGUCGAGGUCAAAGUCGGGAAGGACAAGCGAAGGCAGGGCACGAUUUGCCGUGUCAGCCGGGACACUAAUGAAGUGUUCGUCGAUGGUCUGCACACAAAGCUGACGGAUAUGAUGUCGAAGGAGAAUGCGGAGAGGCUGGGCGUCGAUCAGCAAUUGACGUGGUCGGAACAAGCGCUGUCUGUCGAAAAGGGGCACGUUCAACUUGUCGAUCCGAAUGACAACGAGCCAUGUACUGCUAGCUGGAAGCUCAACGGCGACGAAUGGAUCCGGAUAUCCGACCGCACCGGGUAUGAGAUUCCGAUCCCGGCCCAAGCAGAAGUCACCUACGACUAUGUACAAAUUGACAAAUAUAUUGAAGCCGACAAGGACACUCCGGCCGACGAGGUGCUCAAGAUCACCUACCAGCCGCAGCUGGCCUCCUUCGAGGACGAGAUCACGAAGGCGCACGGGGCCCACGAUGAACGGAAACCGCAAAAGACUUAUUGGUAU